AUGGUGCCUGAACAAAUGAUGCACCUGAGCGGAUAUUGGGCUAUUCUCGUCGCCGGUGGCUUGCUUGCCUGGGCCUGCGUCAGUUUCAUCCCCGAUGAAAAUGUGAUCUAUUCGCCUCAAGCAUUGCUGAUCCCUAUUUUGGGCAAAAUCCAUCAUGUUUGCGAUCCCUGGAGUGUACAAAGUGCAACUUAUCGCGUCUGUGCGGAGUUUGCUCAGUUAUUUCAAUACCGACUUUCUGCUGUGCUCGAAGAAGUAUUCUCGGCUAUGAUCACGCCAUUUUUGCUCAUUUUUGUUGUUCCCAACGACACGCUUGAAAUCGUCGACUUUUUGCGUAAUUACACAGUGAAAUUACCUGAUUUAAGUGACGUAUGCAGCUUCGCGCAAAUGGACGUGCGUCGGCAUGGCGAUCCGCAUUGGCCUCCGGAUACAAACGAGGACCACGAAGCCGACACGCCACAUGGAGGGGACUCUGAGCACGAGACUUCCCGUAUGCUACCAACUUAUGGCAGAAUUGAGUUGAGCCUAAUGCAUUUCCAUCUGAACAACGCUAGCUAUCCUUUGCCAGAAUCGAGUCGAGCCUACUUGUUAGCCGUGCCUUCACUGGAUCCGACUACGGCACGUGCUGCAGGUGAUCGCAAAUCAGAUCUCCCCAAAGAUACCCAUAAAACUGUUCCUCCUGGUUCCGCUCCAACAACAAUGAUGCAAAGCAUUGAUCAACCGCGGCCUUUAGAGCAAAGUAUCAUGGCGUACGCCCCACCAGGAUUUUCUUUGGAUCCAGUAAACAUGAGUUGGAUGGCUGCCUCCGCUCUGUUCUCAGUAGAUGGUGUAGGCCNUUCAGCUUCACUGGAUCCGACUACGGCACGUGCUGCAGUAGAUGGUGUAGGCCAUCCUAUGUACCGUGCAGAAAACGGGUCAAGUCAGCAUUGGGGUGUAGCCAGCAGUAUGUUCGGUCAUUCGAAUAGCCGUUACGGCUUGGCAGAUGUUCUUACUGCGGACACCUCAGCGAGUAUACUUUAUAUGCAUGAGCUGGCACAUCGUCGUCGCCAGCAACAAAAUCUGCAACAGUCUACAGGCGCUCCUCCAACUAUGGGUGCAUCCUCUGGCGGACCAUGGGAUUUAGGACCUGGAAGUUCUUAUACAGGAUCACCUUCGCCGUAUCAGCCACUGGCUUCAACUUCCGGAGGUGGUGGAUCUGGUCGUUCU